AUGAGUACUUACGUAUCACCAGGUCUUCACAAGGUCAAAUCGCUUCGAGCCGCUGCAACGGUUCGUGAUCCAUUCACGAAUGAGGAUACAGGAUUCCCAAGUGAUGUUCGUCAAGGGAUGGGUAUCCGAGGGUUACUUCCUCCAGCGGUCGAAAGUCUCGAUAUGCAAAUGGCUCGUGUACUCGAUCAAAUGAGAGUCAAACGAACUACGAUCGGUCAAUAUUGUUAUCUUUCCAACUUGAGACAAAGCAACGUCAAUCUGUUUUAUCAUGUCCUGUUAAAGAAUACUGCAGAAGUGGUCCCAUUGGUCUAUACACCUGUAGUUGGAGAAGCAUGUAUCAAGUGGUCACAUAUCUAUCAACGUCCUGAGGGUUUAUAUGUCAGUUGGAACGAUAGAGGUUCUAUUAAGGAAGUCUUAGGCAAUUGGCCUAUGCCUGAAGAGGCUCGUAUUUGUGUGGUGACGGAUGGAUCUAGGAUAUUGGGAUUGGGUGACCUUGGGAUCGGAGGAAUGGGUAUUUCCGUUGGAAAAUUAUCACUAUAUGUUGCUGCUGCAGGCAUUCGACCAUGGGCCACUGUUCCGAUCUGUAUCGAUCUUGGUACUGACAACGAGAAGAACUUGAGCGAUCCAUUCUAUCUAGGUCUUCGAAUGAAACGUCGAUCUAAAGCUGAAGCCGAAGUGUUUAUGGAUGAGUUUAUGGAAGCUGUUCAUGCUACUUUCCCAGAGCUUGUGAUCCAACAUGAGGAUUUCGCUACGGAGAGAGCCUUUGAUUAUCUUGAAAAAUACCAACCUAAAUAUCCCAUGUUCAAUGAUGAUAUCCAGGGUACUGGAGCAGUCAUCUUGGGUGGUUUCAUUAAUGCUGCUCGAUUGUCUGCCGCAGCAAGCAAACGUGACCUUAAAGAUCAAAGGAUAGUCUUUAUGGGAGCGGGAAGUGCGGGUGUAGGUGUAGCUAAACAGCUCUUAUCUUUCUUCUGUAACUGGGGCAUGACAGAGGAGGAAGCCAAGGAAAGAGUCUGGCUCGUUGACACAAAGGGACUUGUGACUGAAGAUCGAGGUGACAGACUAGCGGCUCACAAGGUUUUCUUUGCUCGAAAGGCCGGUGGGCCUCAAUUCAAGUCUUUGAUUGAUGUGAUUCGAUCAAUCAAGCCAACAGCUUUGAUUGGUUUGGCUGCGACGGCCAAUCUGUUUGAUGAAGCUGUGGUCAAACUGAUGGCUGAGUUUAACCCUCGACCCAUCAUCUUUCCCUUGUCUAACCCAGUACAUUUAGCUGAAUGUACUUUUGAAGAAGCUGUUAAAUGGACAGACGGUCAAGUUUUGUUUGCCUCUGGAUCUCCUUUUGCUAGCUCAGGAUGGCGAGGCAAGACAAUUGAGCCUGGACAGGGUAACAAUAUGUAUGUGUUCCCAGGUAUUGGGCUAGGAGCGAUCUUAGCACGGGUCAAGACGGUAUCCGACAAGAUGAUCGAGGCGUCCGCCUUGGCUCUUUCGGAUGCCUUGACCCCAGAAGAAAAAGAGGCGGGAUUACUAUACCCCAGGCUUGACAGAAUCCGAGAAAUCAGCACUGUUGUGGCUCUCCGAGUCAUCAGGCAGGCACAAGAAGAAGAUUUGGUUGGAAACGCCAUUGUACACAAACUAGACGAUGAGGAGCUCAAGAAGUAUAUUGAGCAAAAGCAGUAUUGGCCAGAAUAUAUGUCUGUUGAACACUUGAACCGAGCUAUUUCUCCUUAGAAGCAAUCACAAUGACAUUUUUAUUAAUGAAAUCAAGUAUAUAUUCCUAUUCCAAACGCAUGCAAUUUUACAUUUAUUGCAAUUU